AUGCAGACGUCGCACUCGCGUCCCGAAGGCGGACCCACGCCGCCCACGCCGGGCUCUGGUGGCGCUGCUGCCGGCGGCUCUUCCGAGCGCGGCUCGGGCGCCUCGGGCCUGACAAACGCCGGCGGCGCCGUGCCUGCCACCCACGGCGGCUCCCUCGCCGGCCUCGAGCUCGGCCCGUCGAUGCUCUCGAGCGCCGGACCGCCCAGCUCCUCCUCUGGGCCGCCCAUUCCGGCCGGCACGGGACCCGGCGGCACGCCCACGACGGCGCUCAGCGUGUAUCACCUCAUCACCCAGCUCUGCCAACGCCCGUUGGACGACGGCGCAGGCGCAGGUGCGGGCAAGGAGGCAGCAGAGACACCGCAGCAGACGGAAGAGGCGCCGCCGGGAAGCAGCGCGCAGAGAGAAAAUGCCCUCUUGGAGCUGAGCAAGAAGCGGGAGCAGUAUGAGGAUCUCGCGCUGGUGCUUUGGCAUUCCUUCGGCGUCAUGUCGUCGCUGCUGCAGGAAAUCAUCUCCGUCUAUCCGCUCCUCUCGCCGCCGCAGCUCACGGCACACGCCUCGAACCGCGUGUGCAACGCCCUGGCGCUGCUGCAGUGCGUGGCCAGUCAUGGCGAGACUAGAGGAUUGUUUCUGCAGGCGCACAUUCCGCUCUUUCUCUAUCCCUUUCUCAACACGACGUCCAAGACGCGGCCGUUUGAGUAUCUGCGCCUGACGUCGCUGGGCGUCAUUGGCGCGCUGGUCAAGCAAAACGACAAUUCCGACGUCAUUACCUUCUUGCUCAGCACCGAGAUUAUCCCGCUCUGUCUGCGCAUCAUGGAGACGGGCAGCGAGCUCUCCAAGACGGUGGCCAUCUUCAUCGUGCAGAAGAUUCUGCUCGACGACAUGGGCCUCGCGUACAUCUGCCAGACGUACGAACGCUUCUAUGCCGUCGGCACCGUGCUGAGCAACAUGGUGGCGCAGAUUGUAGAGAGCCAGGCCGUGCGCUUGCUCAAGCAUGUCGUCAGGUGCUAUCUGAGACUCAGCGACAAUCCGAGAGCAAGAGAAGCGCUGCGUGCCUGCCUUCCCGGCCCACUGCGCGACGCCACGUUCUCCCAGCUGCUCAAGAACGAUCACAUCACCAAGCGCUGUCUCGCCACUCUGCUGCUCAACCUCUCCGACCGCGUCGAGCCAUGA